GUCGCACCAGGAAACUCAGUCGAUCCUUAGCAUCUUAGCAUAUAGCAUCAGAGAAGAUAUGGAGCAGCAUGCAUUAUCCCGUAAAACAGUCUGAUUUAACCCCGAAAACCCAAACUAUAACAGUGAAAUAUAUUCGAGAGUGAAGAGGAGAAACGCGAAAUGCAGUGAUGAAGCGCGUGCGUACGGAGCAGAUUCAAUACGCUGUGGCGCAGUACUUAAAGAGAAGACAGUAUGUGGACACCGACAGCUCACUGAAAACAGCCAAACUCUGCCAAACGCCAGAGGAAAUGGCAGCCAGCAUCACAGUGCAGACAGAGUCAGGUUGUGCAAACAUCGUGUCUGCAGCUCCCUGUCAAUCUGACCCUCAGCAGUACGAGGCACAGUUCUCUAGACUUCACUCUUUCCUCUCAGAGACAGAGCUCCCGUGGGCACAGGAGGUGAGCUCGGUCCUUUUCCCACUCUUUGUAUACCUGCAUCUGGACAUGAUUCGAUCUGGACUUAAGUCUGCGGUCGACAGUUUCUACGGCCGCUUCCACGCACUGUUCCUCCAGGAGCCAGAACAGAGGGCUAUUGUGGAGCAGCUCAGACAUGUCCUUUCCUCACAGGACAUCAGUGCAAGCUCCAAACUCAGUGCUUUUCUGGAGAAUAAGUUUGUGGUUCGUCUGAGUGAGCCAGCGUACGGAUACCUGCUCCGAUACCUGCAGAGCGAAGACAACGGCGCCCUCUGCAGAGCACUCAGUACACAACUGCAGCUGGAGGUGACCACGGCCCCUCGCACAGACUACCAGCUGUACGGGGCCCCGGGUGCUGCUGCCUCUGCCCCAAAUGCCCUCUCGUCCUGGGCAGGAGUGGAUGGAGCAGAGGGAGGUGUGGAAGGCAUGGAAGUGCCUGCAGAAAUCCCCCAAAAUGAAGCCGCUUUAGAUGCUCUUCAGGAUGUGAUCAAGAAGGUUCGGGAAGGCCCCCCCUCCCUCACCACUGUCUGCUUUUACUCCUUCCACCACACAGAGGCACUGUUGAACACAGCAGAGGUGUCGCCCGACAGUCGGCUCCUUGCGGCGGGAUUCGACAGCUCUGUAGUGAAGCUCUGGAGUCUCAGAGCGCGAAAACUGAAAGCAAAACCGCACCAGGUUGACGUAUCGCACAUCAGACUGGCCUGCGAUGUACUUGAGGAACAGAUUGAUGAGGAGGACAUCAGUGGCAGUGAGAUUCAAACUCUGCAUGCUCACAGUGGCCCGGUCUAUCGCACCUGCUUCAUGUCCGACAGCUCCGGGCUUCUUUCCUGCUCUGAGGACUCCACGCUCCGAUACUGGGAUCUCUCGAGCUUCACUAACACCGCCCUGUACCGUGGACACUGCUAUCCUGUUUGGGACUUGGACAUCAGCCCCUCCAGCUUAUACUUCGCUAGUGCAUCUCACGACCGCACUGCGAGACUCUGGACAUUUUCACGUACUUACCCUUUACGAAUCUAUGCUGGACACUUGGCUGACGUAGACUGUGUCAAAUUCCACCCCAAUUCCAACUACAUUGGCACAGGCUCGACCGAUAAAACUGUUCGCUUGUGGAGUACCCAGCAGGCAGCGAGUGUGCGCCUAUUCACAGGACAUCGCGGUCCGGUUUUGGCUCUGGCGUUUUCUCCAAAUGGGAAAUACUUGGCGUCUGCUGGGGAAGACCAGAGAGUAAAGUUGUGGGAUCUCGCUUCUGGAACUCUGUUCAAAGACUUGCGCGGGCACACUGAUAGUGUCACUAGCUUGUCAUUUAGUCCAGAUAGCAGCCUGGUCGCGUCUUCAUCCAUGGAUAAUUCAGUCCGCAUUUGGGAUAUCAGAAAUUCUCACGGCGUCGCUCCUCCAGACGGAUCGUCCAGUGAGAUGGUGGGACUCUACACAGGAAACACCAGUAAUGUUCUCAAUGUGCAGUUUAUGGCCUGUAACCUGUUGCUGGUGACUGGGACUGCGCCAGAGAAAUCAGAACAAUAAAGUUAUGACAAAAAUGGAUGUGGAGGAGGAGUAGGUAAUGGUGCUCAACAGUGACCUUUCCCAUAGAUGAAAAAAUUUAUAUUAAAGAGAAGGUAUUAUACACAAUUUACUUUUUAGAGCUUUCUACCAUGUUAUAAUGUUGUUCCCUCAUCAAAAACAUGCCUGAAGAGGAUUAAGAUGUCAUCAAUGCACAUUUUGUGCAAUCAAUCUCUCCUGGACCCUAUAAAAUUGGCUGUAAGCACUCAGCCCACAAGGAAGUGCUCCACUGUCCACACCUUCACUAGAAUCAGGAACAGAAUGUUUUCUGUUUCAGAGAAAAGCUUGUAAAUAGGAAAAAGAAAUGUGCAGGAAUGUUUAACAAGUGUGAAUGAAACAAAACAAAACUCCAUCAUAGUCACCAUCUUUACAGACUGUCACAGAGACCAGUCAAUAUGUGAAGUAUUGAAGGGAAAUCCAGUGUUAAGUAAAAGUAUAUGCUCAGCACAGUUCAGACCAAGAGAGUACCAAGUGUACGUUCCAUGAAAAUCAUUUACCAUCUUUAAAGCUGGUUCAGCUGGAUAGUAUCAGAUCUAUUGUGCCAAAUAAACUGCAAUUGUGCUUCAUAGAGUCAUGUACAAAACACUGUAAAACCAUUUACCAAGUACCAAAGAGCAGCCUCCUCCAAGACUUGUCCACAGCAACUAUUAAAACACAAUUCACAUAUCUGUCUAAUCCCAAGGUUCAACCUGACCCUCUCCUCUGCAUCCUCUUCUCCAUCUGACCCUCUCUGCAUCCUCUGCUCCAAAAAAAAUGGGACUGUUGUUAGUCAAAGUCCAUUUCUGUUUUUCUUCCAAGUAAAAAAAAAUAAAAACAAUAAUCUCAUAGUUUGUACAAUUUUGUUAUGGCAGUUU